GGGUAGGGGGCUAUGGAGUUGAUGAUGUCACAGUGGAGUCCUCAGCUAGUGGAGAUGAUGAUGUCACAGUGGAGUCCUCAACUAGUGGAGGUGGGUAGGGGGCUGUGGAGUUGAUGAUGUCACAGUGGAGUCCUCAGCUAGUGGAGAUGGGUAGGGGGCUAUGGAGUUGCAUUAUCCCCAAGAGGUCACCCACUUGUCUUGUCCCAGUAGAGAAUGACGUAUAAGUUGAAACCAUGUCAUGUCUAAUGGAAUUACUUUGAUGAGGUUCGUGAGAACUUUUCAUUUGAUUUUUCUCCAAUGGUGUUUUCUGGAUUAUAUUGUUGCAAUGCAUUCUGGUUUUUCACGGUUUGCAGUGUGGGGCUACAACGUAACAUCAUUCUUUCAACUGUUUGCUUGUUACAAUCAGUCUAUCACUCAGCUAUGAUUACAAUGUUUCAGUUGGGCUUUACUUCAUGAAUCCUUUGGGUUAGGCCACGUGAGUUCUUAUAGAACGCCAGCAAAAAACGCCUAUAUUGACAUGUUUCUUAUGAGUGCAUUAUUUUAAGGACCGUAUUAAUAUUCUGCUUGAUAUAAUGUUUGUGUCAUCAUCACAAAUCAACUGCAUUAUACUUUUUAAGAAACACUUCAACCUCAACCAGUAUAAUUACUGUUUUGCUACAGCCUGUCAAUGAGCGUUAGCAUUCUAGUUAACAACUGAUGCAUCCAAAACAAGUUAUUUUGCAAAGAUCACAACCAAAUAUAAUCUUAGCGACUGUUCAAGCAAGAAUCAAAACAUAAUUGUAAGGUAUGAGAACCACCCCCCAAGAAGUUAUUUUGUUAAGAAGUUAUAAAAACGUAAAAUGUAGGCUUUGUUGAACGGGCACAGAUGGCGAUGGCUUUCUGACUGCAGCCAAGAGUCGCGCGCAACGUUGAGUGACGUCAUAAUGUCGUAUACUGGAAAGGAGUCUAUUUCAUUUGAAUGACGUCAAAGCUUUUAUUUAUAGUUAAAAACAUGCAAACGCUUUUUUUUGUUGUCGGCUGCCUGCUGAUGUAGCCUAGUGCGUGUCACUGAACAACUGUGUGGCGCAGAGAGAGAGAGAGAGGCUAUUCACCUCCAACCGGCACCAGCACAAUGCAUUAUCUGAGCAGGUUGUACGGCGCAUUCUAAACAGAUAGCGGCACAGACUGUUCAGAGUCUACAACCACGGAGAAACAAACAUCACAACAACCGGACCGUCUUGAGUAACGGAAGAGGAAGGUAGCCUUUUAGCAGCCUACCGCUACGCAUGUUGACGCUAUACUCUGUAACAAUCCCCUGUUUUCUCUCGCUCUGUUCGUCUUUAUCAAGGACUUCGAAGGACGAACGGGAAAGUCAAAAAAGUAUUCGUUGAGAUAGUCACAUGACCUACAGAAUUUACAAGCUGUCAGUACCGGCUCACGGAAUGGAAAAGCUGUCCGGUCGGCGUCGGAGCCACUUGAAACGAAUUGGGUAAUAACGGAAGAUCUUCAUACUGGAAAACAAAAACAAAUGGCAGAAUAGAUGAACACGAAUUUACACGAACACGGCUCCAUUCAUGUGUGAACUAUUUUCCCAUUAGGUAAGACAAACCUGCAUAUUUGAACGGACGUGUGUGACCUUGUUUCAAGGGCUAGAGUUACGGCCACAUCCUGUUUCUCUCUACAUUCUCCGGGGGAUUUAUUUGGCACCAAUGGCGACUUUGAUCAAAUUAAACCGGGAGGAGAAUUCUGGACUAAAGACCGUGAAUAAUAAAUAGUGCGCUCAACCGUGUGAAGUUCCUCUGAUAGCCCCGCCUACCCCAGCAUGACCCACCUGACCUAGUUUCAGAGGGAUGACAUUUCGAGUACCGAUACUUUUCUUUUGGCUUUGAAAGACAACAAUUGACGUUCAACUCCAUUGAACCUUGAAGUACGUGAAGUGAGACGUAUUUUUUGUCUUCUUCCUGUACCUUUCACUCAGUUUUGCCGAUGAAUAACGGAAACGAUGCGUUAUUAUAAAGGCUGCGUGAAUGUGUAUUAGGCAAUGAUAGCCUAUAUCAAGGUCUUGAUUGCUGGAUGUGUCUAAUCUUUUGGAUUUACCUGGGGGUCAAGAAACAACUGAGAGGAGACAUAAUUAUCACGAGUGUCCCUCUGAAGCACUGGAUUUAAGUUCAUUUCCUGUAUAACACCUGACAUUUUUUUUAAUUUCACGUGGGAAUAAUAAUUCUACUGACUCAGGGAAUUUCAUGGUCAUGAAAACCAUUUUCAUGAAUGGUGCUAUAAGGAUUACACUUUAUGAAACUUGCAUUUGGUUUUGACACUGUUAUUGAGAUCAAAGGUUUGCAUGAGAAAGGAAUUGACAGGAAAUCAUCGCGGAUUAUGACAUCAGAUGCUGUCUGUCAAUAAUCAAGAGGACCGUGCUGUGAUUGACAGCUAGAUCAAUAAAAGCCAGCCAAGAGGAUCUGAGGGCAUUAUUAUAGCAAUGACGACAAAAGAACAAGUGCUUUUAAGGACAGAGCAAGUAGAGCGUGUUCAACCUCUCAACAGAGAUUUAUUGGAGCCAACCAAUCAUCAAACAGUCCGUCCUUCUCCUCGUCCAAUCAUGUUCUUGAAUUGCGGCCAAUUGCUGCCACCCCUGCUGCGGCACGCGGAUGUCCCAGCCCGCAUCACUGAGAGCUUCAUCCUGUCCGGUUACCGCUUCCCCAACUACAGCCUCGCCCAAUGCCUGCUCUCGGCCUUUCAGCCCACCAAUGAGACCGGCAACUUCUGGACCCAUUUCCUGCCAGUCUUCAUCUUUGCCUUCUACUUCCUGGAGCCGUUCGGUUUGGAGGGCGCUCCGCCCACCUCCGACCCUUUCUUCUACCCGCUGUGGAACUACUUCAUGGGGGUGUUGUGCCUGCUGAUGGCUAGCAGCAUGGCUCACCUCCUCAACUCCAUGUCUCUGGUCAUAAGGGAGGUGUGCUUCUUUGUGGAUUAUGGGACCAUCAGUGCUUACACCGUCGGGUCUUCGUUGGCCUAUUACUACUAUAUUCACCCCAGAGCGGGGAUCCUGGAAUUGGGGAUUGGGAGACACAACAACACGCACCAGGACCCUUCUUCGUCAUCGUCAUCAUUGUCCUCGGCCAUGCCAGAGUUCAGCGUGUUUUUCGAGACCUUGUACAUCCCCAGCUCCUGCCUGGUCGCCAUCAUCUGUGUCUUGGCCUGCUGCAACACCCGCCAGCGCUGGAGGACCUACCGCUACAUCAUACGUACCCUGGUAUUCCUUCUGCCCUUCCUCGUGGCCUCCACGCCCAUCUUCUACCGCCUCCUCCACUCCUCCCCCUACCUGCCGAGCUCCUCCUCCUUCUCCUCCUCCGCCUCCAUGGCCCAGUUCUUCUGCAGACACUGCUUCUGGCUGGUGGUGUCAGCCCUGUUCAACAUUAGCAAGAUCCCUGAGCGACUGUCACCGGGUAGGUUUGAUAUCUGGGGGCAUAGUCACCAGUGGUUCCACGUCUGCACCUUCCUGUCCAUUCUCGAUGAACUUCAUAUGAUCAACGGGGAGGUGAGGGCUAUACUCUCCACCGUCCUGGUGGUGCCUCCGGCCACCCCUCCACACCUCCCUGGCCCCACCUUAGCCUCCACCUACGGGGUGAUGCUGGUCCUCCAGGCCUCCAUCGCCUCCAUCAUUGCCUGGUUCUCCUGGUGCGCCAACAGCAUCUACAAACCCCAGGGAGACCAGUUGGAGAAAGAGUUCCUCUCUAAAAGACAUCUAAAGUGUCACUGAUGUGGGAUCUGAUUUGAUAAAGAGCUCUGAUUUUAUUUCCAGACGUAGGCCAGUCAGCUCGUAGAUUAAUUGACUUAAUUUAUUUCAUCACUUGAACAAUGCAGCGCAUAUCGUUUAUGGAGGUUAGAGAGGAUACCACUCACGUAAUAUAAAAAAGUAGCGUGUGUUUUCAUGUAUUGUUUUCAUGUGUAGUCACUCUGUAACAUUCACUAGUUCUGUAUCCUACUUUAUUUUCACCUCCACCCAGUGGUUUCCCCCUUUCCCUUCUCCCUGGACUGUGUGGGUAACUUUAGCUUUACAAGGGUAAGUGGCGGUCAGCUAAUAUUCAAGGGUUUUUUGUUUUUCAAGUUCACCAUGGGGGUCCUAUUUGGUCCACUGGAUUAGGAACAGUGUUUUGUGGGGUUGGAACGCCUUGGCGGUUCAGUCAAGUCUCCUGGGGUUCAGUCAUGUCCCCUGGGGUUCAGUCAUGUCGCCUGGGGUUCAGUCAUGUCGCCUGGGGUUCAGUCAUGUCGCCUGGGGUUCAGUCAAGUCGUCUGGGGUUCAGUCAUGUCGCCUGGGGUUCAGUCAUGUCGCCUGGGGUUCAGUCAUGUCGCCUGGGGUUCAGUCAAGUCGUCUGGGGUUCAGUCAUGUCGCCUGGGGUUCAGUCAAGUCCCCUGGGGUUCAGUCAUGUCGCCUGGGGUUCAGUCAUGUCGCCUGGGGUUCAGUCAUGUCGCCUGGGGUUCAGUCAAGUCGCCUGGGGUUCAGUCAAGUCCCCUGGGGUUCAGUCAUGUCGCCUGGGGUUCAGUCAUGUCGCCUGGGGUUCAGUCAAGUCCCCUGGGGUUCAGUCAAGUCCCCUGGGGUUCAGUCAAGUUGCCUGGGGUUCAGUCAAGUCCCCUGGGGUUCAGUCAAGUCCCCUGGGGUUCAGUCAAGUCCCCUGGGGUUCCAGGACUCACAUUCUGUUCUAGAACAAGACGAUCAUUAUAUUCCUUUAAGGGGGUUUAAGGUAGAGGACAUUGGAAAGGUGUUGUUACCCAAUGUCCUUUAAAUGUCACAGUGAGAUUUAAGAAACGUUUGCUGCCAGGCUGUCUUUUAACACUUCCUUGAUUAAUCUCCUUCAACCUUCCUCUACUUCCCCUACCGUUGCUGACUGAUUAUACCUCUUCAUAUCUCUCUCUCUCUCUCUCACUCACUCUCUCACUCUCACUCUCUCUCACACUCUCUCUCUCUCUCUCUCUCACACUCUCUCUCGCUCUCUCUCGCUCUCACUCUCACUCUCACUCUCUCUCACACUCUCUCAAUCUCACUCUCAAAUUCUCUCUAUAUAUAUAUAUAUAUCUCUCACACACUCGCAAUUUCCUUUUCCUUCAUGUUAUACUUAAUCUCUCUUCAUACUUUCUUGAUACCUUGUCAAAACUCCCUGUCAUGCCACACAGUUUAAUUUCCUACCGCUUUCUCACAAGCUGUCUCUGCUCCCGAGUGGCGCAGCGGUCUAAGGCUCAGUGCUAGAGGCGUCACUACAGACCCUGGUUCGAUCCCGGGCUGUAUUACAACCGGCCGUGAGCACAAUUGGCCCAGCAUCGUCCGGGUUAGGGGAGGGUUUGACUGGGGUAGGCCGUCAUUGUAAAAUAAGAAUUUGUUCUUAUUAACUGACUUGCCUAGUUUAAUAAAGGUUAAGUAAAUAAAAACAGGAAGUGGGGUAGCGUUUCGACAACAGAAAUAGACCAAGACCUCAUUCAGUCUUACAUUAUUGCAAUCUGAGGGCUGGAAACCAGAGGGUGGAGCCCAACUUCAUGUGCACUUUCUGAAGCCACAUCUUCAAAAGGACUUUUACAUACAGCAUGUUUCUAACAUGUUUCUGAUGACGAAUUGUUCAUCUAACGUACGAGACCACAGACUUUUUUAUUGCUAUCAAUAUCAAUGAUCAACUUCAUACUAUAACUGCAUUGUACUGUACACUGACUGCACUGAAAACCUUCCAUACUCUAUUCAUGGUAAAGAAACAAGGACCUGAAA